AUGGGAAAUACUGUGAAAACGUCGAGAGCCUCUGAAGAAACAAAUGUGCCGAGCCAAACGGGUCAAGAGAGUGAUUUCCUUGCUGUCCUCUAUGACUAUCCUUCAGCAGACAUAAGCCAACCUAUAUUUCACGUAGGAGAAAAACUACGUGUGCUAUCAGAUGAAGGAGGCUGGUGGAGAGUCCAUUCCCUUACAACAGGUCGAGAAAACUAUAUUCCAGGAAAAUAUGUAGCAAAGGUUUACCAUGGCUGGUUAUUUGAAGGGCUGGGAAGAGAAAAAGCAGAGGAACUUCUACAGCUACCCAACACCAAGGUCGGCUCCUUCAUGAUCAGAGAGAGUGAAACUAGGAAAGGGUUAUAUUCCUUGUCAGUGCGGCACAGGCAAGUGAAACAUUACAGGAUCUUCCGCCUUCCAAAUAAUUGGUAUUACAUCUCUCCACGGCAAACCUUUCAGUGCCUUGAAGACCUUGUCAAUCACUACUCAGAAGUUGCUGAUGGCCUCUGCUGCGUCCUUACAACACCUUGUCUUACCCAGUGCACUAACAACAACAGCAUAACGAAUCAAGUUCCUCCUGUGGUGAUGCGGAAUAAAAACUUCAGCUGGAGAAACAUUCACAGGCUGGAGGUGACUGAAGAUACUGAAAGCACCCUGGCAGCAAUGGAUGAUUCUUGUCUCAGCUAUGGCCUGAGGGAAAGUAUCGCUUCCUACCUCUCCUUAACAGGGGAUGACAACACUUCUUUUGCAAGUGCCAGAAAGAAGAAAGCCCAAUCUCUCAUAUACACAGGCAGUAAACGUAAGAGUACCCUUCACUUGCCACCUACAUACUAUGAAGACUAAAUGUAAGACAAC